AUGAUGCAACUCUACAAUUUGAAGACCCUCCGAUUGGUUGGUUCAGUAUUUUCUUGUGCAUUUGCAUCCAAACCUAAAAGAUUUGUUCUUGCUGAUCCAAAACCCUCAAAACUUUGUCUUCCAAAUCAGAUGCUUUGCAGACCCUUCACCUCAGAAAUCUCAGAAACCCACCAGGAUUUCAAAGUCAAUUACCUCAAAAACACAUGUGGGUUGUCCCCAGAAGGUGCAAUUUCAGUAUCCAAAAGGGUGAAGCUGGAAUCUCCAAAAAAGGCAGAUUCUGUUUUAGCCCUUGUCAGAAACCAUGGACUAUCUCAAACCCAGAUAUCAAAGGUCGUUAGGUCACGUCCGCAGAUUCUUUCCGCCAAUCUGGAGAAAAUCCUUUUGCCAAAGCUUGAGUUUUUCAGUUCUCUCGGGGUUUCGAGGGUGGACCUUGCAAAAACUCUGGCUUAUAAUCCACAUCUUCUGGCAAUCAGUUUGGCAAACAGGAUUAUGCCCACUUAUGAUUUCCUUAGGAGUAUCCUUUCAGAGAAAAAUGUCGUUGCUCUUUUCAAGCGCUACUCAAGGAUUUUCACGGAAACUCGAUUCAAGAAUGUGAUACCAAAUAUUGAGCUUUUGAGAGAAUCAGGUAUGAGGCCACGAGGUAUCUCCUUAGUGCUAACAUAUUGCACUCCCGUUUGA